GUCAGUGCGGGUUGGUGAAGGCAGGGAGCAUAGACUCGGGUGCAUAGAAGUGCAGUACAGUACAAUGAUGGUCAUGAGUUUAUUUUUAAACAAUAAUUUCUAGCAACGUAGCUUUUGUUUCGUAGCGUUUUGUAUAUUAAUAUGUUGCUUAUCACUGGAUGGAAUUUAAUCUGAUAGAAUGAAGUGAUCAAGAUAUCCUGUAGCCAAAAUCGAAUUUAUUGCCUAAAUGGGACCAAUGUGUUCGGCUUUGAUUCUUGACACUUUUGCGUCACGAGGGCUGUAGGAUAAAACACAAUGACGAUAUGCCGCCCUCGUUACACACCCUGGCAGAAUAGCCCGACGAAAACGAAUGACACCGCUGCGUUUAGAACUGCCUGCUUCAGCAUGUAGCGGUUUUACGAGCCUGGGUUCUGUGCGGGCGAUCUUUUGUUUGUUCGAAUACCUCGAGCAGACGCUUAUUUAGUUCACCAAAGACUGCCCUUAACAGACGUGGCAACGUGUCAAGUUGGGAUAGUGCCUGGUCCCAAUGUCAUUUUCCUCUUGAAAAUAACGGUUCUGCAGUUCCUACCCCCAGCACUGCUCCGCAAGGAAAAGGGUGAAGCUUAUUCGCCUUCCUGUGUGCCCCCACGUGUUUCACCAUCGCCAGCUUGCAGAGAUUUAGUGCGCCAGGUUAACAGGCUCCACAUUGAGUCUUAAAUCAAUUUAAUCUGCUGAGCAAGAUAUAUUGCUUUGUGAAACAUGCAGCGCUCAACCAUCUUAGGCGUUGCAUUUAUAAUGGGCUUGUUACAAUGAAAAUGAGGUCCGCUUCAGCCACCGUUUGUUCCGAAGUCACGCAGCGAACCAAGAGUCAAUAAUGAAGUGCACCUCGCAAACGAAGUCUGCGAACCAGGCCUGGCUCCAGCUCCUCUCGGAUUGGGGUAUGGAAUAGGAGCAUCACGCGGACUCCGGUCAUCCUCGCAGCGCCUUUAGGCUGACCAUUGAACAAAGAAGGCCACUGCAUCGCGCUUUUCGGUGCGCUUCUGCUGCCGUCUGGAACGCUCUUCCGAUAUUAAGAAGCCACUGGAGCUAUACACUUUUAAAGCUAGAUUGAAAACUAAUUUCCUUCGAACUUAUGUUGUGUUGAGUUUGUUGUCCUUCCCCCGUAUCUCCGAUGAGCACGGUUGGCUACAUACAGUCCGAAUUAAGUUCAACAUCGUACAUACAAUCAAUAGAUCGAUUGUGUGGGCCACCGUAACGGUGAUGUACCGCUACGAGAGUGGUCUUGAGUGGGCCACAGGGACGUUUCGUGGUGCCCACCUCAACAAGAGCAACGUGUGUGUGGGGGAUAACAUUGCUUGAAUUCGGGGAUUUCUAAAGACACAUUGUGACAGAGUUAUUACGCGAUGUAAAUUACCUGUAUUUGCCACAAUCCUGAUCAAGCUGGUUGUAAUCACUAGCGAAACGUCGUACUCAAAUUGUAAAUGUUGUGGGUGUGCGCUCCAAUACACCAGUGUUCUGAAGUAGUAACUAAUUGGCACGUUUUGGGUGGUGGUGGGUUAACGACAUAUUUAUAUUGACGCAAUCUUACCAAACAAAACUCUUUAUUAUGAGGACUGUACCUCUUUACUGUAUUCCAAAUACUGCACAUUGCUGUGCUGGAGUUGUUAAACUAUAUUUUAAAAUUGAAUUAAGUAUUCAAUAUGUUUCAUAUUAGUGAUUUAAUACCUCAUUGAUGACUGUGAUGUACUUCAAAGCUCUGUGUAAUCUUAUAUUAUAAAUAGUCUUGCACUUCAAAUGUUUUUGCAUGCCAUACUUUUGGAGCUGUACGUUCAGAUAUACAGUACAGUAUAUCUACAAGUCACUUACAUACCACUAUUAAUGGAAAACAUUUCAGUUAUUUUGAUUAGUUUGAAACCUGUGAAUGGAGCCGUACAAGAUUAACUUCCCAUCGUGCCAAACCUCGUAUGCCAUAAUGGGAGCGGUGCUUAGCCAACAUUGAAAAAAGGGGGCCUCAGAGGUUCUCAAACAGAGACGCGUUGUGAUACGAAUAUAGAAAUCGUACAUUUGCAGGCAUUAGUUCUGCUCUUGAGCAGGGGACACAGCGCUCUGGGCAUUUCUUCGUCAUUGUAAGUUGGAGUUUUACGCCUCAUCUGAAGCAUUGGGUUAAGAUACUGCACCAUGCACAAUACAUGUAACGUUCAUACUGCCAGUUUUUGUAGUAAAGUACAAGACUAUUACUAUUGGUACAUUUUGAGAAGAGUAUAUUUUAUCAUUGUCCAUCAAGCAAAACCUCUGUUCCAGAAAUAAGACAAUUAUUUUUAUAUGACUAUGUUGUGUGAUUCGUUAACUCCAUAUAACACUGACAAGCCUAAAUUCUGAAGGUGAAUCUCUUCUUGGAAACGGGAAUAUCAAUAUGAGGUGGAGCCUGCUUCCUCGCUUCACAUUCAAGCAAGGGAAGUGGCUGCACAUAAAUUGAAUGCCGACAAAGAAUUAUUAUAUCAUUUGUGGACGCUAUACCGGGGCACUACCAGACACCUCCUCGCUUUUCAGGCAUCGUUUUAAAAAAGAAAUCGAGCUGAGGGCAGCCUGCGAUUGGUUAUGCGCUGCAGGAUUCCCGCAGUAUGCUCAGCUCUAUAGAGAUCUUCGUUGUCCCAUAGACAUAUCCGCGGUGCACAAGGACCACGCGUAUCUGGACCAAGAUUCGUUUGAAUCUCUGUGUAGUCGCUUGAUGAUCCUUAACAAGUGUGCGUUGAUGAAGGUGGAUGUUGGUUCUUCUAAAAAUAAGGGCGACGACUCUGACGAUGACGAUAAAUGCGCCCUCAGCGAAAAGUGGGUCUUUGACGGAACCAGCCGCAAGUGGGUGCCCGUCGAGGACUUCCAGGAGAUGAGGGGACCCUGGCUCGUGAGAGGCACGAAGAGCAGCAAUGGCAGCUCGGAGACGGUGUCCUCCAGCAUGAGCACGCAGCAGAGCACCGCCACGUCGGUCCUCGACGAGCUCGAGAGCGUCGAGGACGUCGAGGGGACGCGCACGCCCCGCCCGGAGAUGACGCAGCCCCUCGUCGCCGUGGAGCACGACGAGGACGGGGCGAGGUCGUCCUGCCGGAGCUCGCCGUCGGCUCUGCCCGCGGAUCGGUGUCCCAGCGAUCGCCAGCGUGCGAGCAGCAGGGCGUGCUCAGCUGACGAGGACGGCGGUCCAUCGGUGGCCAAGGGGUUUCUGAAACGAGUGGAGAACUUGAGUUUGAAAAGACACUCGAAACGCAAAGCGGGAGCCACCAAAGAGAGGCUGCAGAUCAGCGGUCCGCUUUUGCAAGCCGGUGCAAAUGGCGAGCAUAUAAAACUAACUUCCUGUUCCUGCAAGGGCAAUGGUUCAUUGAAAAUUACGAGCAAUGGGCCCCUUGUGAAUGGUACCUCAAGCGGCGAUAAGGACGAUCUUGUGCUGUUACCAAGCAAAAUAAUCACAUCCACCCCCAACUGUUGCGACGCGACGGAUCAUUCUUGCGGCCCAGACAAAACGCAUGUAAAUUCGCCUAAAAGCAAGGCUGACAAUUGCUUUUUAAUUAGAAAUCAGAUCUUUCAGCUUCCUCAAGAUUACAAGCCUGGCACCUUCCCCCGCGUGCUGCUGUGCAAGGGCUUUCGUCCCAACAGCUGCAUGGACGAUGACGUCAACUGGCGCACGGGGAGCUUCCACCUGCGCGGCAAGAGCAGGGUGUCAUCGGAAGACCGUGGCGGCGGCCACGGUGACGCUCGGGGCUACAAGGGCCUCGUGACGAGCGCGAGUGCCGACAGCCUGGUGGUCAACCGCCACUUGCAGGACUGCGACCUGCUCGAGAGGCGAAUCAGCCUGUACGACAAUGUGCCCUUUGCCCAGCUGCCACCCGUCCGGCGCAGGAGCGCAGAGCCCUCGGUUCCAGGGCAGUCGGGGGAAAAGGCGCCGGCUCGGGCCGGAGGGCCGGACCUGCCGUGCGACGUCGACUUCAUGAACCUGGACGACGUGAUCGAGCACGUGAUCGGCGUCCAGCGGACGGUCAGCCUGUGGUCCCAGCAGAUGUGGCGGGACCUGCAGGGGCCCCCCGAGGACUCGUCGGGCAAAGAGCCGUCGCUCUCUGUCGAUUCGACGAGCUCGGAGAGCGCAUCCUCCGCUGCGGGGAGCGAGCGGCGACCGUUCGCGGUCGUGGACGGUUCUGGGAAAGCGACCGCGCGGACGGAGGCCAACGGGAGCCCGACCAAGGAGCAGGAGUCGCCCACAGAGCCUAACAGCCCGGGGGAUCUCGACGGAGGGCUGCCCCUUCUGCACAAGGCCAUGCACGUCACGUCCGUGCCACUGCAGAGCCUGUCCGUGCUGCAGCUGCGUGCCCUGCAGACGCUGUCGCUGCUGAAGCUCACCGCCCUCCUGGAGAAAUACUCUCCCUCCAACAAACUCGGCUGGAACUGGGCUGUGCCCAGCUUCAUGAAGAGAAUUAAGAUGCCCGACUCGAGAGAGGUGAACGUCUUUGGGGCCCCCCUGCUGGUGAAUGCCCAGCGCACGGGCCACAGCCUCCCGCCCGGCAUCCAGGAGGCCGUCACAUUUCUCGCCCAGCACGGCUGCGACCAGGUUGGUUUGUUCCGCAAGUCGGGCGUCAAGUCGCGCAUCCAGGCGCUGCGCGACGCCAACGAGGCGUGCCGCCAGGGCGUGACGUACGAGGGCCACUCGCCCUACGACGUCGCCGACCUCCUCAAGCAGUACUUCCGUGACCUCCCCGAGCCGCUGCUCACCAACCGCCUGUCCGACUCGCUGCUGCUACUCUACCAGUUCGUGCCGAAGGAGCAGCGUCUGCAGGGCCUGCAGGCGGCCGUGCUGCUGGCUCCGCAGGAGAACCGGCAGGCGCUGCAGGCGCUGCUGCACUUCCUCGGGCGCGUGGUGGAGCGCUCGCACGAGAACCAGAUGACGGCGGCAAAUCUCUCCGUGUGCCUGGCGCCCUCCAUCUUCCACCUCACCACCCUCAAGCGCGGAGGCUCAUCCUCCAGGUGCAAGCGGCCACCCAGAGGCUCAUCCCUGCAGAGGAAGCCGAGUCUGGGCAAGCCCGACCUGAAGGAGCUGAGUGAGAACCUGGCAGCCUCUCAAGCGUUGGCACACAUGAUCAGCAAGUACAACAACCUCUUCCAGGUGCCCGUGGAGAUGCUGUGGAGGUGCGGCGCGAUGAAUGCGGAUGAGGGCUGGGCGGCUCCCGGCACCACCGAGCUGCGGCUAGCGGAGGGCGGACGUCCGGGCCUGAGUGACCUCCUGGAUGGGCGCGUGCUGGAGCUUCUGAGAGAGGCUCGCGAUAAGUUCCGCGGGUGGACAGCCGUCCCUGACUGUGAUCUGGCUGAGCUCGCCUACAAGAAGAUAGAGGACGGGAGUCCGCUCAGGCCGUGGAAGGCGUGCGUAGAGGUCGGAGCUCCGGCCUGUGAGGUCCUGCACCGAGUCCUCCGGGAACGGAACCUUUGGGACCCUGACCUCCUGGGGGAGAGCAUCCUGGAAUCGCUGGACGACCAGACAGAAAUUUACCAGCUCGUUCAGGAUGCUACGCCCUUGUUUUCCAAGCGUGACUACGUGCUGCUCAGGACGUGGCGGACAGAUCUGCCCAAGGGCUGCUGUGCUCUUACAGCCGUGUCCGUGCAGCACGCGCUCGACAGCGCUUCCAUUCCCGCCGCCGACACGGUGCGCGCCCUGGUGCUCGACUCGCGCUACCUGGUCGAGCCCUGCGGCGCCGGGCGCUCGAAGCUCACCCACGUCUGCAGGACGGACGUCAGGGGCCGUUCCCCCGACUGGUACAGGCGAGUGUUCGGACUGCGGUGUGCAGCCAAGGUGGCGAGGAUCCGCAGCUCCUUCCAGCCACCAUCUCCUAACAAGCUGUAGUGCUGCGUGCCCACGAGGAGCAGCGUGAUGCGGAGGACAUCGCCGUCAACUUAAACUCCACAGUGCCACUUACUCGUGCUUUUCGUCCAACUCUGUACACACCGGAGCCUGUGGUCUUGCCCAUUAUAACGCUUUGCCUUAUGUCAAAUAGGUAUUUUAAAAAUAGGCACCGCUGGUGUAUGGGCAUUGCUUACACCUCGUGUUUAUUUGGCAGACUUAGCACAAGGUAUUGUGUACUUUAAUGCAUCUUUAUGGGUCUAAAGCCAUAGUAUUUUUGUCCUUUAGGACUCUGCUGCUCUGGUGUUAAGUCAGUAGAUAGACAUGAAUAAUGCACAGUAAUGGUGGGUUCACACUGGAUCACUUAACGUACAGAAUGUAAUGGCCACCUAAGUCUCGCUGGAGUGACGUAAAGUUAACAUUUUGCUCUCGUUGCUGGGUUGAAUUUAGAAGGUGAAGAACCAGCAGCCUAUCAGGAGUCGGGUGGAGUAGAUGGGGACAAGCCAAGAGCAAUUGUCACACACCACGUGACACACCGGGUUACCCUAACAUUAAAUAAAGCUCCGCUGUGGUGAUGUGACCACAGUUUCAUUAUCGUAAAGCACAUAGCGUUUACUUAACGCAUGCCGAAAGUCCAGUGUGAACCGUCACCCAUAGCAAAGGCAAGAAUAAUACUUUCUUAGAAGAGUGAAUCAUGGCCCCACAUUCCACUGCAGCUUUCAAUUGGACCUGUGCGUGAGGUAGCUGUCACAGAGUAGACCUCAAUUUCUGUCCUCUGAACUCUUACCACCAGUCUUUUGGGUCAUAAACAUGUGGCAAAUGGUCAUGUGAAUGAGCUAAUGUGUUGAUUCAUAAACAUGGAAUUGUGGAAUCAUCAAAUGGUGUGAAAUUGCGAUUAAUGGGCAAUGCGGUGUUCCCUCGUCAAGAGAGAUAUAGCUUGCACCACGCACAAAGGUGUUCCCUCGUCAAGAGAGAUAUAGCUUGCACCACGCACAAAGGUGUUCCCUCGUCAAGACAGAUAUAGCUUGCACCUCGCACAAAGGUUUCCCAUCUUUGUUUUCUUCUUCACACAGGUGAUGUACCAUAAAAGCAUCAAUACAUCACGUUGCAUUUAUUUUGCAUUUCCACUCAGAUAUACAAUAUUCACAAACGUCAGGAGUUUUACUAAAAUAGCAUUAAUUUUGUAUACAUAUAUAUCCGGGGCACAGAGAUAUCAAAAUGUGUGCUGUUGAUGUCUUUACCAUUGUGGAAAAUUCAUCAUAUGCCCUGACAUACAGCUUCUAAGACGUACCAUGCUCUUGUUAUUCGUGUAGAUUUAUGCAAGUAUUUUUUUAUACCUUAAAGGAAUGUAAUACGACUUCAAAUGCAUUAUCCACUUGUUUAUCUAGUAAUAUGACGUGUAUGAUAUAAGGUAGUUUUAUAUACUGUGCUGUGUUGAAUAUUUCCUCGAUUAUAUUGUCACCAUAUGUAUCCAUUGCGUAAUAUAUUUUACAUGCGGAAUGAUUGCACUUAAACUUGGAUUAAGACAUAAAAUGGCAGUAUUUUUACAGUAGCACAACUUUCAUUGUUAAUUGUACAUGUGUAUAAGUAAAGCUUAUUCUUUUCACUGA